AUGGCUUGCUUUGUUGAUGAACACCCAGUCUGCUCAGUGUUCCUGCCUCAUCAGUACUCACAAGUGCCCUUGCUCAAAGCAGCUGGUGUUCCAGUGAAAGAAAGGGUGAAAGUCUCUCGGAACUGGAGACAUGGACGCUGCCGGAGGGAGACGCUUCUGAAAUGGAAACGCAACUUGAUGCCCUGGAUGGAGCUGGAUGGUGAGUACCUGUACCUGUCUCAAGCUGAGAACAUCGAGGCCUACCGGCUCUGUCCAGACAGUACAGGUUUGCAGCGCCAUCCUCAAGCUAUCUUCUCUGGCCACCAGGAGGACGUAUGUCGCUUUGUUCUUGUCAACUCCCAUGUCGUCAGUGGAGGGGGGGAUGGGAAUAUUGUCCUUCACAAGAUCCGUGGCUCCUACAGUGUCAAGUUUUCUGCGCAUGAACAAGAGGUGAACUGUGUGGACUUUCAAGGCGGCCUCAUUGUGAGCGGCUCUCGGGACAGAACAGCAAAGGUUUGGUCCCUGUCCGCGGGCAGAGUUGGGCAGUGUCUACACACAGUGCAGACAGAGGAUCGAGUGUGGUCCAUUGCUAUCAGCCCAUUAUUAAGCUCAUUUGUGACUGGGACAGCCUGCUGUGGACACACCUCCCCUUUGAGAAUCUGGGACUUUGAGAGCGGUCAUCUGUUGACCUGCUUAGGAACUGAUUUCCACCGUGGAGCUGGAGUCCUUGAUGUCUUCUACGAAACACCAUCCCUUCUCCUUUCAUGUGGAUAUGACACCUACAUCCGCUACUGGGACAUACGGACCAGCACCAGGAAGUGCGUCCAGGAGUGGGAAGAGCCCCACGACAGUGCCCUGUACUGCAUAAGGAGUGAUGGGAACCAUAUGAUUGCCAGCGGCUCUUCCUACUAUGGCGUGGUGCGCCUCUGGGAUAAGCGGCAGACUCGGUGCCUGCAGAGCUUUCACCUGUCUUCGCCCACCAGCAGCCCUGUGUACUGCCUCCGCUUCAGUACUACCCAUCUGUAUGCUGCCCUGGCAUCAGCCCUGCACGUCCUAGACUUCACAGCCCUAUGAGGAGCACCAUGGCUGCUUCUGGUCACCCCAACUCAGCAGAGUUGACACUUGGCUCAGGGAACUGCAGGGCAGGAGAGGUGAGAGUGGCCCCUAACACUUCUCAAGGGACUUUUGCCUGCCAGAAAGCUAUGUUCAAGAGUGCACAAAGGGCCAGACUUUCUCCACCUUACCUGCUCUUUAGUGGAAAAUAAAGGCCAAUUGUCCUUUACCCUUUUUAUUUUGUACAAGUCAGGGGUGUUUUUUUUUUUUAACUAUGUUUUUUUCUUUCUGUGGAUACAUUUGAGGGGCAGGUUGAGCUGGGAUGCCCCAUCAGCUGUGUGUGCUGGUCAGUUCGAGAUCAGCCAAGCUCUGAGCCAUGUGAAGCAAAUCUAGGCUGUGUUGGGGGUACAGUGUUUUGGUGGAAGGGGAGGUGCCUGGAGCAGGGCCUACCUUUCACCUGUGCUUGCUCUCCUGACAGCUGCUUGUGUUGUCCUUCAAAGCCAAGAGCAAGAACUAAGCUAAAAGGCAGAGCCAGGCCUGCUUUCAGCAUAUGCCUCCCCAAGCUGGCUAUCAGGUCGAGCUAUGCAUUUGGCAGGGCUGAACAGUCCCAUUUUGCUAAAUAAAACACUGAAGGGAAACAGAA